AUGGCAGAAACAUCCGGUAUUAUUAUCUUCAUGCUCUGGUACAUCGGGAUCGCGUACAACUAUUACGUGGAGCGCAUUAACAAGAGAAUUUCCUCUACAUCUUUAUCUUACGAUUCUGGUGACGAAGCAAACGAUUCCCGUGUUCCAUAUGAACAAAAGUCUGAUGAAGGAAACAUACUGGAUGAGAUUUUCACAAUCGUACCAGAUUCAGAAUCUCCUGUAGUAAAUAAAAUGAUGAAUUCUGUUGAGUUUUCCGAUGUUAAUUUCAUACCGGCUUCCGGUGGGAACACCGUGCCGGCUUCAGAGACGAUCAGCAUCGCUGCGGAUGAUAGCGCGUCGCAUCAGGAGUUCGACGUGGAGGAAUUGGAACCGGACGUAGUGGAUGUGGAUGAAUCUAGCGCCUGAGUCGGAAACCGGUUUUUAAAUGCCGCCAUUUGCAAUUUGACACAUCAAUGUAUUCGU